UGCGAAACAUCCAACUUGGUGCUAGUCGAAACAGCUAAGAGUUGGUGAAAAUAACGUGAAACAGAUCACAGGACAUACCAACAUCGAGAAUAAGUGGGUGCCUUGAAUACAGUCAAUUAAACAGUUCAGAAACCAGCAGAACAAAAUGGCAGGCAUACGUAAGAACAGAGAGAUCUUAACAGGUGGUAAGAGGUAUGCCCAAAAGGCAGCCAAGAAGCACAGAGUAGAGGAGGUGGUGUUUGACAAGGAGUCCAGAGUUGAAUAUUUGACGGGAUUUCACAAGAGAAAGUUGCAGAGACAGAAGAAAGCCCAGGAGUACAUCAAAGAGCAAGAAAGAUUGAAUAGAAUAGCAGAAAGGAAGGAAAUGAGAGCGGAGAGGAAGAAGGACAUGGAAAACCAGUUGAGCGAGUUCAACAAGACCAUGAAGGAUAUAACGAACUUGAAUGACAGUGACGACGAAGAAGAAGGCACGAAGGGACUGGCUAAGGAGUGGUCAGGCUUCAGUGGCGAUGAAGGCAGCAGUGACGAGGCCGAGGAAAAUGACGAAGAUGAAGCGCCUAAGGGAAUAUUGCACCACAAGGAGAUUUACAAAGUCGACAAGGCCAGUUUGCCUCCCACCAAUGCCAUCAUCGACGAUGAGACCACGGUGACCGUCGAGUCUUUGGACAACCCUGCAGUUGCCAGUGCUAGAGAAGCCAGCUUGGAGGCCAUUGCCAAGGCCAACAACGUGAACUUGGCCAAGUCCGAGGAUGUGCUCGAAAAGUCCAUAAAGAGAGCUAAGAACUAUGCCGUGGUGGCCGGUGUCGCAAAGCCAGAGCAGAAGAAGAAGAAGAAGUUCAGAUACUUAUCCAAGGCUGAAAGAAGGGAAAAUACUAGAAAGGAAAAGUCCAAGAACAAGAGGCCUGCUAAAUGAUCCAGCGAAGUCAAUGGCCAGGGCAAUAUAUAGAGUACAUACCCGUCCAAUAAAUGCGGAUAAUACUGUCUAGC